AUGGACCUCAUGGAGCCUUGGGAUUACCUGGGAAGACAGGAGCUCCCGGCCUCCAAGGACCCGUGGGGAAGAGUGGUGUCCAAGGUAACAUCGGACCAUGGGGUGAGGUUGGGCCCCGUGGCCUCCAAGGUGACCAGGGGCCGCGAGGUCCAGUUGGCCCUCUCGGAGUUACAGGUUACCCAGGAAAAGAUGGACCUCAGGGAAAAACUGGAUCAGCGGGUGUCAAAGGAGACAAGGGAUCCGGAGGAGCUCUGGGGCAGGAGGGAGUUGCUGGUCUCGAUGGGUCUGGUUGGACUGAAGGGACCUGAGGGGCCAACUGGAAAAAAAGGCAGAUCUGGUGAAAAGGGAAACACUGGUCCUCCUGGACAGAAAGGGCCGAAGGGAGCCGAAGGCAACAGAGGCAACCAAGGGCCACAGGGAGCAAAGGGGCCACCAGGGAAACAGGGAUACCGCGGUUCUUCAGGGGACAGAGGACAACCAGGAUUUCCAGGACUCAAGGGUGAGCCAGGUACCAGAGGUACAUCAGGCCUGUCUGGACCAUUUGGACCAGGAGGAAACACUGGGGCAGCAGGGGCCAAAGGCCAGAAGGGACUUUUGGGACAUACUGGCCCCCCUGGCAGUAUCGGUCCCACUGGACAAAUUGGACCAUCAACACCAGGUUUGCCAGGCGAGAGAGGUGUUGAGGGAAAAGCUGGAAUCCCUGGAACAAAGGUGUAG